AGCGAAGUGUCUGUCCGUCCGUUGCUCGCCAGCGUUAUCAUCUCUUAUCUCCUCGUUCGUGACUACUCGCGUCUUGCUGUGAUAAGAACCAUUCUUUGCAAAUUACGAUCAAUAUAAUAUAUUAUAUUAUUACACACCUACCUAUUAUUUAGUAAUUAUAGUAAUUACGUUGCUCAGUUGCUGAUCUCGGCUGAAGUUGUGAGACGGCCUAUACGCUCGUCGUUUUCUUCUUUUCGGGUUAUUCUCUCGUUGUAAGUGAUCGUUUUUUCUUUGGUUCUUCGACUAAACGACAAUCAAAUAAUUGCGUAAGCACUGAUCAGUGGUUGUCGCAAGUCGAUAAGGUCGUUAUGUCGUUGGAAAAAGAUGAUGGAGCUGUGGAAAAACUUAUGGAGGAGGGAAAAAAGAAAGUGGAUAGUACAAGUGACAAGUAUGAUGAGCUAAACAAGAUGGAAUUGGCCGAUCAUACAGAAACGGCAUACGCAGGCAUGGGUAAGGAAGAACUCAUGAAGUAUGCCAACAGUCCGUUCUGGGUGCGACUCAGGUGGUUGUUGUUUGUUACGUUUUGGCUUUCUUGGUUUGCCAUGAUGUUCGGUGCAUUGUUCAUCAUAUUCUUAACUCCUAAGUGUUUCUCGACUUCUAAGCAUGAAUGGUUUCAGAAGAGUCCAGUCUACAUUAUUAACACAGCUUCACUUGUCAGCCAAAAUGGUCUUGAUGAAAAAAUUGAAUACAUGCAAAAGUUGGGUGUACAACAUGUUGUAUUGACAUCUGUGGUUCAAGCUGUUGGAGAUGAAGUUAUAGAUUUCAUGAAAGUAAAUAUUUCUUUAGGAAAUGAAGAUUCAAUGAAAAAUCUUGUUAAAAAUUUAAAAAAUAAAGGUAUGAAAGUGAUGUUGAAAUUAGUUCCUAAUCAUUCUUCAAAGUUAAACUUGAUAUUUAACCGAUCAGUCCUAAAAGAAACAUUUUACAAAGAUUUUUACAUUUGGAAUUCUGGUUUUAGUGAUGGUACACAUCAUUAUCCUAUUAACAAUUGGUUGAGUGUAACUGGAGAAUCAGCCUGGAGUUGGAAUGAUGUUCGGAAAGAAUUUUAUCUUCACCAGUUCUCUGCUGAAAAUCCUGACUUCAAUUUCCGCAAUGAAGAUGUUGUAGAUUAUUUUGAGAAAGUGUUUAAGCAUUGGUUAGAUAUAGGAGUUGAUGGAUUGUAUUUGGAUAAAGUUCAAUAUUUGUUUGAAGAUAAAGAUUUUAAAAAUGAUACUAUUACAACGGCAUCAAAUAUGACCAACAAGUAUGAUUCUUUUAGUCAUAAAGCAACAUAUAACCUUCCAGAAACCAAAGAGUUGUUAUCACGCUGGGGCAAUUUAAUAAGAAAUUAUUCUGGAGUAUUGAUUGUGAGUGACCUUGAUUCUAAUGAUAUUAAAGGAAUAAAUAUGGUUCAUAGUUCUGUGAAAUUGCCAUCUGAUUUCACUGGAGAACAAUUGUUUAAUGCAAUUUUACCUAAAGCGACUACUUCAUGGUCUUCUUGGGAAUGGGUAUGCACCGAUAAACCAAAUUGCUGGACAAAUGAAAUGAUUGAUGCAUUUAGUAUUCUCGGUUCAUUGUUACCGGGUAUACCAUUCAUUAAUGCUGACUCUAAACUAUUUGAAAACAACAAAAUACCAAAUAUUACAAUAAUUCAAAGUACUUUAAAAGAAUUACGGUCAAUGCCUACAAUUGAACUUGGUUCCUUUAAUGCCAAACUUUUGAAUAAUGAUAAAGUAUUCGCUUUCGAUAGGGUAAUGAGUGGUUCAGAAAGCCUUUUAUUUGCAUGGAAUUUGAGUAAAAAUGUCACUGUUCUAAACCUAACAAAAGAAUUUGAUGGAAUUCCAUCAGAAGUAAAUCUGUCACUUUGCACUGAGACUGCGUGCUCCAUACUUCCUCCUCCUAAAUCAAAAGUUGGCAGCAACCUAUUGAAUCUUGCUGGUGAAUCUGCUGUGGUUUUGACAUUCUAAAUGGUUGAACAUGCAUCACUAUAACAUUUAUUGAAACCGCUGAACAAAAUUAUUUAUUUUUUGUUUAAGUAUUAAUAUUAAUGAUAAUAACUUAUUAUAUAAUUACCUUUAAUCUCACUAGUUAUUACUUCUCCCUCCCUACUCAUAAAAUUAUUAAUUUUCUUGUGGUAACUACCCAUUGAAAAAUCUUAUUAUUUGAUACCUAUGUAACAAUAUUAUCAUUAUUGAUAUUAAAAUAAUUUGAAAAUAAUACAA